AAUCAGAUGGUUACCAUCAUAUUCGAAGUUUUAUUUUAUGGUUGGACGGUCACGAUUCACUUAAAAUCAUCCCAUGGCUACGCUUAAAGAGUCAACACCAGUUAAAAAAUGGCGGUCUCAUAUCUAAACCGCCACCUGGAUGAAGGGACAAUAUAAAGCUGAUUAUACAGCAUGAUCCCAAAUUGUUUUCGCCCACAAAAUGUUUUUAAUGGUUAUUCAUCACUGUUUGUAUUGGUAUGGUCCACUUGAGAUUUGGGAUCGCGUCCUAAAAUGAAACAGCAGCGCAGCAGCAGCAGAAGAAGAAACGAAAUGGUGAGAGAAAAUGCUCGAGCAGCUAUCUGCGCUUCACCUACGGCGCACUUCAGCAGUAGCGGCUGCAAAAAUCAAUCCGUUAUUGUUCGCAGCUGCAUCCAAAUUAUCAAACUGCCCACAACCCGAUUCUCUUCCCCGGAAUCACCGAGUCGCCGCUUCCUCAGAAAACGAGUCGAAUCUCAACGCACUGCAGAUGUUCGCUGAAAUGCCUCGUAUUGGACCGUCCCGUAACCCCUGUCAUUUCAGCAUCCUUCUCUCAGCCUGCGCAAAGUCGGCUUCUCUUUCUGCAGGCGAGCAAGCGCACUCAGUAGUUCUCAAACUCGGCUUCGACUCGAAUGUUUUCAUUGGAAGCGCCCUCGUAAACCUGUACUGCAAAUGCAGCAGGAUUUCCGACGCAAGACUGUUGUUCAACGAAAUGCCUCAGAGAAAUGUAGUCACUUGGAAUUCGAUUAUUUGUGGCUAUUCUCAGACCCAAUUCCCUGACACAGCCUUUGAAAUCUUUGUCGCGAUGCUUGGACAGGGAAUAUAUCCGACCCCAUUUACAUUCUCUAGUGUUCUGGUCGCCUGCUCGAGGCUAGAAAUUUGCAAGCCGGGAAUUCAGAUCCAUUGUCUGGUUUUGAAAUUUGGGUUUUGCUGGAAUGUCGUAGUUGUGACUGCGCUGAUGGAUAUGUACUCGAAAUGUUCGAGUUUGGACGAUUCGAGGAGAGUGUUCAAUGAGAUGCCCGAGAGAAAUGUAGUGACAUGGACGUCUAUGGUUACUGGAUAUGCACAACAUCAUCGACCUGGUGAGGCAAUGGUUUUAGUUAGAGAAAUGCAGCGUUUGGGUGUUAAAUUGAAUAAGCUUACAUAUAAUAGCCUUCUCAGUUCAUUUUCGAGUUCGAAAGAUUUGGAUAAUGGGAAGCAAGUUCAUGGUCAAGUCAUUCGAGAAGGUCUAGAGUCUGAUGAGUAUCUGGUAGUUACCCUCAUAACCAUGUAUUCUAAAUGCGAAAGCAUUGAAGAUUUCUAUAAGAUAUGGCCAACCGCUUCUGCUGAGGAUCAAAUUUCUUGCAAUUCGAUCAUUGCUGGUUUUUCUCAUUUGGGAGAUGGCCAAGAAGUCCUUGAACGCUUUGCUAAAAUGAGACAGGGAUGCAUUGAUAUGGACUACUUCACAUUUGCAAGUGUUCUACGAGCAAUUGGAAUCCUUUCGGCUUUGGAAGAUGGCAAGCAAACCCAUGCUCUAAUUUUGAAAACGGGGUAUGCUUCAAAUGUAACCGUUGAGAAUGGGCUUGUUUCCAUGUACGCGAGGUGUGGCGCGAUUGAUGAUUCAAGGCAGGUUUUCUUGUCGAUGAAUGAACCUGAUUUGGUUUCAUGGAAUUCACUUUUAGCAGGGUGUUCCCAACAUGGGUAUGGUAGUGAGGCUGUUGAGUUGUUUGAAGAAAUGAGAAGGCUAAGGAUUAGACCAGAUCACACCACCUUUCUGUCUGUGCUUUCUGCUUGUAGCCAUGUUGGCUUGCUUGAAAAGGGACUUGAAUAUUUUGAUUUGAUGAGACGUGGGGACUCGAUGGCAGCUCCGAGAGCAGAACAUUAUGCUUGUGUUGUUGAUCUUCUUGGCCGAGCAGGUCACCUUGUUGAAGCGGAAUCCUUCGUUGAUAGCAUGCCAAUAAAGCCAGGGGCUUCAGUCUACCGAGCUCUGCUUAGUGCCUGCAGAGUUCAUGGAAGUCUGGAUAUAGCGGUACGUGCAGCAAAGGGCCUUCUUGAGCUUUGCCCAACAGAUUCCGCUACUUAUGUAUUGCUAUCAAACGUCUUUGCAGCAGGUGGUUGUUGGGAUGAUGCGGCUGGAGUGCGGAAGCUAAUGUGUGAAAGAGGUGUGAAGAAGAAGCCAGGGUUUAGUUGGAUUGAAGUUAAUGAUGUUGAUGUGGUAUCUGUUGUUAGAGGCAGCGCUGGUUAGUCACAUGAUUCGGUGGUGCCUUGGAAGUAUUCACAUGAUGCUACUGUUUCCAUGCCCUUUGGUGCCUAGGGCUGGCAACAAUUCGGGUGAGGGGCAGUUUAAAAUUCAGGCCAGAGACCUUUCCAGGCAUGCAAAUUAUUGCCCUAAUGGUGUAACAGAUGGUGGUGGCAUAUGAUGGUGCACUUGAAACAUGUUGGAGCUCUAUUCGAAGAGAAAUUCCUAUAAGAGGUUAGCUGUUAAGUGCUACAGGGCCAAGGAAAUCUUUUGCUAGAUUUAUUCAGGUGGGAAAUCCCGGCCGCAUAUCUAAGGACACCUCCAAUGCAGGAGGGUCCUAGAUUACCUAAUGACGACCACCCAUCAAAGUUUAGCUUCCAAACACGAUGUGAGGAAGAGAUCAUGCUAUGGUCUUACAAGGUCGAGGGGUUCCACCAAACUCCUGAAAACACCAUUCCUUGUUAGAACGAGAUGCUUAAUGGCACAAGUUCAUGCGGUUAAUUAACAUAUUGGUAGAGGCUUUGUGCUGUCGAAGAUUCUCCUAUAAUCAGUUUGCCGUCCGCUCAUGAUGUAUCAAUUUGGUGAGAAGCUAGAUGCAUAACAGGCAAGGAUUUACUCGUCUGCACAUAUUCUUCUCCAUAUUUUGGGUACCUUAUGCCAUGGACAGUUCCAGAGCGUGGCUAGAAGAGGAAGGUUGAUGACUAUUGGGCAGCCGAUCAUAGAACUUCUUUCAAUCCAGAAUUUAAAAGCCGAUCCAAAUUACUAGGGGAAAAAUCUGAGGUGAUGAUAAUUUUGAUGAUGCUAGUGCACAUGCCGAUGCAAUACAGGUAUGCAGGUCUAUAUCCAGAUGCAUUUGUGAAGGUUCUUAGGCCCUGAUUGGUAGAUGCCUAAAAGUGAGUUCAUCUCAAUUAGUUAACUAAAAUUACACAUUAGAGAUCAUCAAACAGGCCAUUAGGCUUGAAUUGUAACCAUAUCUUUCUAGGUCCUCAUUUGCAGUUACUUCUGUGAAGAUUGUCUGUGAGAAGAUAGCUUGAGGAUUAUGGUAGAGUCAUGCCUGUAAGUUCCCAAUCUGCAUCUUCCAAGUAAACCAUAUUUCCUUGUUUUC